AUGCACACCGCCACCGACGGGCUCGGUAUCGGCAUCGGUCUGUGUCUCCCUUUGACCAACAAGCUCUCCCUCGACGACCACGCUGCUCCUCACAAAGCCGCGCACUUCGGAACACUCGGGCUGGGUCUCCCCACCGUCCAGCACAGCCAGCAGCAGCUGCGAUGGCCGUACACAACACGCUACCGAAGCAGUACCCUGGGUACACGCUACGACAGCUCGCCGACACUCAGCAGCUCGUCCGCGUCUUCGUCCUCGUCCGAGUCUGAGUUCAGCACGGAAAGGCGCAGGGCGAGCGGGUCGGCCACGCACGAUGUGCUGCUCAGCUACUUCUCGCCUACACUUUCCGAUGUUUCUAGUGCCGAUGAGGCUGGGCAGAAGGGGAAGGUGUACCUGCUGUCCAGCGGGCUCAAGCAUCCCAAGAAGGUAGUUGGACGGAGCAAGUCCGAGACGUUCAGGUUUCCGCUUCCGCCAAGCAAGGCGGUGAUGGCGGGGGGCAGAGGGGUGCCUCUCAAGUCUGCGAUGCGCUUGACGUCCAGGGAGUUUGCGGCAACAACGCGGAGUCCUCCGCUGCGCAACAUCUCGGUGGGGGCGCGGAGGCAAACGUUCCAGUCGUGGGCCCAGCUCUCGCCGGCACUGGAAGAAGAGUCGGACUCAGAACCACGGCAGGGUUGGUCCCCGUACUCGUCGGCCGCUCCUACCCCACGCCAAGCCUCCGGUGCGCACAGGUUCAGUCUCUCCUCGACUGCUUCCUCGGGCCCACCUAGUUACGCUCAGUCUCAGGAUCUGCCCGAUUACACCUCGGCCCCGCUCGCCUCUUCCGCCUCGUCGUGUUCGUCCCAGACGCUCGUCUCGGACAGCGAGACAGACUCGGGUGCCGAGACCGACCCGUCGUUCAGCACCGAUGCUGCCAAGCUCGCACGCCUGCAUGCCAGCCUCAUGUUGCUCGACCGAGACGUGGCCGAACUGCCGCUUUCGUUCGCGGAUCACCGAACGCAGCGGGGCGGUGCGCGGGAGGAAAAGCUGCAGGUAGGAGGGUCGGUCGAAGAAAAGAUGGCGUACCUCUGCGGGCUUGGGUAUCGAUAUCGUCGAACCGCAAGCAACAGACACGCCCGGAAAAGGUCUGGCGAUUUCGCGAGUUGCCAGGAGCAGCAGGCGCAGCUAGGCGGGUGGUGGAGCGACGGCGACACCGACGACGAGGUGCAGGUAGACGAAAAGGUUACUGCGGGGGAGUGGAAGGAGGGCAAGGUGGAGAGCUACGCACCGACAGUGGUUGGGAUGGAGAAAACGGUGAGGGUGCUUUCGAACAGUGCUUCUGCCGUGACGUCGAGCCAGUGCAGUCCUAUUCUGAGCGGGCUGCUCGCCGGUGCGAACACCACAGACGAGAUGGACGCUAUCGAGGAAGACGCGGAAGGGGAUGUGACCAUUCGUCCACGCAAGUUCCUUCCCGAACCUGUGGCGUUCGAAGAUCUGCUCGGCCAAGAUUUCAGCUACCUCGUGCAUCCAGACCUCAUGAUCGACACUGCCGGAGCUGAAGACACGCAGCUGGAGGCGCUGAAGCCUCGAGCGUCUGCCGCGGUGAGGGCCGUAGAGAGCGGACUGAUGACGCCACCCUUGACGACACCCGAGUUGGGACUGAACGGCGUCUCGCCGAUGUUGUUGGAGCAAUGGCCGUCCCCUCCCUCUUCAACAAGAAGAACCUGCUUCAAAGCUCUAUCCGCUUCGCCAAAGCAGAACGAUGUCGCCGAGAUCGAAGGUUGCCGGCCUUUCUCGAGCGCUUCCUCCGUCGACCCGUUCCGGUUCACCUCUUCUCUCUCCUCCUUGCAGCAGCCGGGAGGCACGAUGACAAGCUCGAUUUCUUGCCCAGCAUCCGUAUGGGAUGCACCCCCUCCCACCGAUACCACCAACCACGGAGCUCAGCGGGCGGAGACCGAAGAAGAUGAAGUUGUGAUCGCACACGCGCACCGCACCACGAUCUCGCCAUGCUCGGUGCUCACUCGACCGCGACCAUUGCGCAGCAGCGCAUCCAACAACUCGCUCUUCUCGUCCUCCUCGUCGGACCUCCUGCAGAAGCUGGAGCCGACGCCGUCGGUGCUCGCCCGCCCCCGUCCCGUGCCCUCGAGAAGCGUCGACAGCCACCAUACGUUUGCCAACCAGUCUACUGCUGCGUCGCUGCCUCGCAAGAAGAAGCCGACGCAGCUGCAGGGGCAGCAGCGCCGGCCAAGACUCGACUUUACCAUGCCCAAGUCGGCCUCGACGACGACGAGUUUGGCGACACUGCAGCAGGUCAAGGUGCCGCAGCGCAAGAGCUCGCUCGACGUGAGGGCGGAGGCACAGCGCCAUAGGAUGUCGGAACAGCACGCGGGCACAAGCGACAGCGUCGUCCAUCCGAACAGCGUCUGUCGCGAUCUCAGGCUCGUUGACAAGUACCAUUCCUCCGCCUCGCCAUACCUGCGUCCGUCCGUUGUGCAGCCGACAGCGCGUCACGAAGUCGCUGCUGAUCCUGCGGACGGAAAGCAGAUGUGCACGUCAGCGGGCAGCGCGGCCAAGGCACGUCGGCGCGGAGCGACGGAGAACGGAGGACGAGGAGGGAUGCCCAAGUCGUUGUCAUUGCCUGUCCUGUUUACUGCACGAACGCCGAGUCAGAGGGCGAGAGGUGAGAGUGGCAAACGAAACAGCGGCAGGAAGUCUGUCGUCUUCGUAGGACACGAAGGUAACGUCGAGACGCGAGGGGAAGUGUACACUGUCCAACCACCUCAGCACGGCGUUCUGGUUGUUCAGGAACAAGUCACCUCGUUCGGCCUUGCUCUCUGA